GUGCACGAGUCUCCGCAAAGCCGCUGCUGCUCCUCUCCAGGCGCGCAGAAGCAUCCCCAAACUUUGACGCGCUGUACCGCGCUUCACCGAGGCGACAAAACCACCUGAGUUACAGCAUCACAACCGGGAGGAUACGUUAUUUUUUAUUUUUAUAUUUUUAUUUUAUUAUCAUAUACUUCACAGGCUGCAUCCGCUGAUUCGGGUUGAUCAAGGUGUCAACAUGGAGAGCACUCCGGUUGAGAUUUUCAAAGAAGACACCAAGUGCCUCUCCGCGCUGCUGGAUGACUGUCCGGUGAAUUCUUCAGCUUGGGUGUCCGGAUACGCGGACAGCCGCAAUGUGACCCACGAUGAUAGCUGGGAGCAGGAGGGCAUGUCUCCCAUCAUCCCCAUCAUCACUGCGGUCUACUCUGUGGUGUUUGUGGUCGGCUUGCUGGGCAACUGCCUCGUCAUGUAUGUGAUCAUCAGGUACACGAAGAUGAAGACAGCCACCAACAUUUACAUUUUCAACUUAGCCCUCGCCGACGCCCUCGUCACCACCACGAUGCCCUUCCAGAGCACUGACUACCUGCUGAACACCUGGCCCUUCGGCGAGGUGGUGUGCAAGGUCUUCAUCUCCAUCGACUACUACAACAUGUUCACCAGCAUCUUCACCCUCACCAUGAUGAGCGUGGAUCGCUACGUGGCCGUGUGCCACCCGGUGAAAGCCCUGGACUUCCGCACGCCCAUCAAAGCCAAGAUGAUCAAUGUGUGCAUCUGGAUCCUGUCGUCGGCUGCCGGGAUACCAGCUUUUGUUCUGGGUGGCACCCAGACGAAGAGUGACAUUACUGAGUGUGCCUUACAGUUCCCGGAGCCCUACGUGUACUGGGACACGUUGAUGAAGGUCUGCGUGUUCGUCUUUGCCUUCGUCGUGCCUGUGCUCAUCAUCACCGUGUGCUACUCCCUCAUGGUCCUGAGGCUGAAGAGCGUCCGAAUGUUGUCCGGCUCGCGGGAGAAGGACCGCAACCUGCGGCGGAUCACGCGGCUGGUGGUGGUCGUGGUGGCCGUGUUCGUGGUCUGCUGGACGCCCAUUCACAUUUUCAUCCUGGUCAAGGCGCUGGUGAGCAUCCCCGAAACCACCGCCAUCAUGGCCGCCUAUUUCUUCUGCGUGGCUCUGGGCUACACAAACAGCAGCCUCAACCCGGUGCUGUACGCCUUCCUGGAUGAGAACUUCAAGCGCUGCUUCAAAGACUUCUGCCUCUCGGCCAGGCUGAAGGGGGAGAAGGCGUCGGGGAGCAAGAAGGCGCCCAGCUCUGUGCGGGAGGCUGCUGUUCCCCUGGAGAACCCGCAUGGGACUAGAAAGCCCACAUGACUAGCAGUGGAACUGUCUUCGAUUUCCCACAUUGGAAAGGAAGACUCACAUGACCUGGGCCUGACCCAUGUCACGUCAGCAAUGUAGAGUAAGAGACUCGACUUAUUUUCAUUGUCACCUGGGGUUGAACCAGUGCCAACACUGAUAUGAUUUCAUUUCAGAGAUCAAAUGAGAAGCAACACCUUGUAAAUUCCAUCUUAAAUCCACAGAAUCAAAAACGUCAAGCUCCUCUACGUGAUAAUAACUUCAUCCUCUUCCCCUCGGCUAUGGUUCUGUCAUUUUGUCUACGUUCAGACUGCCGGCACAAAUCCAUUAUUUGGCAGAUCUAGAUUGAUUGUAGAUUGAUUGAUUGUAAAAAAAACAAAAAACAGUUAGGGUUAUUUUCUAUGAAUGGGGCUCAGUGCAGACGUUUUGGCUGUUUAUGUCAAAUUUAUUUCAAGUCACUUGCAACAUGUCACACGAUGCCAAUGUCAAAUCCAGAGUCAGGGAGGUGCAUCGGAGCGGCUAAUAGCAGCGCGUUAUGGAAGACAACACAGAGAUCAACAGUCUGUGGAGUCACACUGAAAUAAAUUGUCUGCUCCGCGACUCGGCAGCCGAUGUUUUGGAGAGCGAGGUGAUAGAUCACUGUUUCCUGCGCUGCCAUGUGGGGAAAACCACGUUAUGUUGGCGAUGUCUGGAUGCAAAAAUUCCAAUCUGAUCACAUACAAAAGUGAUUUGCCUGCAGUCUGAACCCUGUGAUACAUUAUUUUGUUUUCACAUGGGCGUUCUUAUAAAGAUUGUGUAUUUAUUAUUUAUUUUAAGCAGGAAAAAAGGCCAAAAGUAAUUAACAUUAUCUGAUUGUCGAACCGUUCCUUGUCCUGCUAAAGAGCACAUUAUAAACAAAGAGCUGAUCAUCAGCGAUGUAUAAUACAAGAAUAUAAUGCCAGAUCCUCUCAGGAAAAUUCACUAUUUAAUGGAAAAAAGUAUAAGCGAUGCCUUGUAAAAUUGAGACAAUAUUGUGUGUCAUACAAUAUUGUUGUCAAAGGUUUAAGGACGAUCUAUCGGCAGAAAUAAGGUAAAAUAUUCAUUGAUAUUUUUUCAAAAUCAGCAGUGUGAUCACCAGAAAGUAGCAAUUGUGUUUUCAUUAGCUUUUACAUCUACAGACGGAGCCGGUCUUCUUCCACAGAGUCUGUCAUGUUGCAGCGCCACGUUUCUACAGUAUCCUAGAAGGGACAAACCAAAGUGGGACUUUGGAGUGGGCUGUUUUUCACAUCAGAUUCUCCAGCAUAUUUGGAGUCAUACACUGGACUUUGCAUCCCAUUUGUGACCAAGAAUCACAAACGAUUUGAUUUGAAGUUACAUUAUGUAAGAACAACAACAUAAAUUACCUAACGUUAAAAGUGACUGACCUCACUAACGUGACCUGAGGUCGUCACGUAAGCCACGAGCCUGAGCGCAGUUAUUUUCACCCAAAUGUGAUCGUUUCUGAAACCAAAUCAAGUCUUUUUUUUGUGCUUAAAGGCUCAUUUAUGCUCAGCACCCUCUGUCUGAUUCGUUCACAUUUCUACACAUUUUCUCAUAGAUUAUGGAAACAGACCAACGGAGCAGCACCUCCCGUAGUCGUGGUGGGCAGUGUAGCAGCGAUGCCAGCAGUUCAACAAGCAUUGGGAUAGUUUGUUCUGAAGCUUAAGGCCACUGACCAAAACGUGUGGGCUUAAUCUGUGUUUUUAGGCUAAUUUCAUUACCUUUUGUUUCUGCCUUUGUCAACACCUUUUUAUCAAUGUCUUUCCACCUUUAAUUUUUCUACUGCCAAAUGUGCCUUGAACAGUCCAGGAUAACAAAUGAUUGCAGCAGUGAACCGAGUGAUGGCGACUGAAGAUUCAAGAUUCAAGAUUCAAGAAAACUUUAUUUAUCCCGAGGGAAACUGUCGUGCAAUGGGGUCCAGCAGCACUUCACGUACGCGGUUAGCCUGCUGGUGGUAGCGGCAUGAGUCACUGACAGCAGACAUGUGCCAAAAAACCUUUCCCACCUCAGCGAACAGGUCCGGAGCGUGCUGAUUGACCACGGUGUGAGAGAACUGACUCACGAGGCGAACAAAUGAACGAAAAAAAGUUUGCUCUCGGUUGCAUUGAAGAAAGUUCACCGCCGAGAGACGCUUACAGGGAGAAAAAAGAAAUCCUGGACUUGAAUGUGCUUUUAAAAUUUGACAGAGGGCUCUCUUUCCGCUUCGACUCUGGAGUUGUGUCCAGAUCGAUAAGUUGUUCAAUCCAUGGCGUGUAAAUGCAUCGCUCCUUGGUGUUGGCGGCUAUUGAAAUACUCGCGCUUUUAUUGUAGAGAAUACUUCAAGUAGCUGUCUUGCACAUUGUUAAAUACAGUUUAUUCUGCCAUCUGUACAUUACCAUGGUAUGUGUACAAUACGUCAUUUUGCAUAGAUAAUUAAAAGAGGAGCAUUUGCACAGAUUUCGCUGAAAUAUACUGUAUUUGUAGCAUGUCAGUGAUCAUCGCUAUGAUAGUAUAAUGCAUCAUCAUCAGCCUAUAUGCUCGAUGGACUGUGCUGUUAUUUUGAAUGUACUGACUCUGUAUUAUAUAAACAUAUCCAUGGUAUAAUCUCAUCUAUCUAACUGCAGGAGGACUUCAGCUGAUAUUUAAAAUCAUUACAUUUCCAUAAACUAUGAAGUCCUCGAACCAGAGCUUUGUGGGUUCGGGGAAAUUUUACUUUAUUGGUAACACAUCUCUAACCGCAUCGCGUGUACUGCCAUUUAAUAUUAAUAGCAUAAAAUAAGAGAGAUUAUUCCUAUGUCUACACUGUGACAAAGACAUCAUCUUUCCUUCUUUUUUAAUCUUCUGCCGCUGCUGUACAUUGCCUCUGUCUGCUGUCAUUGAGCAGGAGACGUAUCGAUCAUCCUGUGUUUGACGUACUCAGUAUUAAAGUGAGU